AUGGAGGAAAAGCCUUUCAAAGUCCACCCUGGGCCCCUGGCUAUCCUCUCACUCAGCCCUGGCUCAGGGCAGCUCCCAACAAUCACCCCCUCCCCAUCCCCACCCCGGCAACUGAGUCUCGGCCCUGGAUGGGCUCAGGAUCCCCGCCCCCAGCCUGCUCUUCCUUCCCUCCCCAAUUCUCCACGGCCCUUGGCUUCCCUCGGUGUAUGUGGCCCACAGGCGUUGGCCAAGUCUUCGGGCCACCGUGGCUCAGGCAAGUCGAGCCCGCACGACAUCCGGAAUCUGUGGACCACGGCCACGCUGUCGCAGCCGAAGCUGAAUGUGCCGCUGCCUACUGUCCGUGAGGACUCGGAACUGGAGGGCAGCAGCGUAGGCGGCAAGACUCGCUGGUCUUACAACCAAAAGGCUGGCCACGGCUCGGACGGUGGCUGGGAAGAAUCGGAUGACGGAGAGGACAAGGACAACUUCAAGCCAGAGGAGCUGGACGAGCACGCCUUGAUGGAGCUGGAGAUGCGCCGCGGCAGCUCCCUGGGAGGCCCUUUAGAGGAGGACGAUUCCAAGACCGACAGCGAAAAGCCUUCCUCAGUGUCAUCGCUCAAUAUCUCGAAGCACACACCCCAUCGAGCGUACUGGGUGGAGCAGCAAAGCAGGCUGCCCCUGCCCCUGACUGAACUCAUGGAGAAUGAAGCUCUGGAAAUCCUCACCAAAGCCCUCCGGAGUUACCGAUCGGAGAUCGGCCGGGACCACUUCCUGACCAAGCAGCUGCAGCGAUACAUCGAGGGGCUCAAGAGGCGCCGGAACAAGAGGCUGCAAGUCAAGGUGAUCUGAGAGCACCGCUUCGGGCUCGAGUGACCGCCCGACUCCAGCCCUGGUCCCAGAUCCAAGCCCGACUCUGUCCACGUGGAUUUUGAGCCCUAGAGAAAUAAAAGAGUCUU